ACCCAUCACUUCUUUUCCUACCAUAGAGUUCGGAGGGAUGCUGGCUAGUCAGUGUAUCGGCGAGAACCCCGGAAGCGGCUGCGUUUGGGGCGGCUCCUCGCGCGGGUGGCAUAAGGCGGCGGGCGGCAAGAUGGCGGAGUUUGCCAACGCAACCCGUGAGGUCAUCAAUGUCACCCUCCGCACCACUCUGGCUGCUACCACCAAGCUGGUGAUGCCUACACCUGCCAAACCCAUUCUUCCCGUUCAGACUGGAGUCCAGGCACAGCAAGAGGAGCAAUCCAGUGGCAUGACCAUUUUUUUUAGUCUUCUUGUAUUAGCUAUCUGCAUCAUAUUGGUGCAUUUACUGAUAAAAUUCCGCCUUCAUUUUUUACCAGAAAGUGUAGCUGUUGUUUCCUUAGGUAUCCUUAUGGGAGCUUUUAUAAAAAUCAUAGAGGCUCAGAAGCUGGCCAACUGGAAGGAGGAAGAAAUGUUUCGUCCAAAUAUGUUUUUUCUGCUUUUGCUUCCACCUAUUAUAUUUGAGUCUGGAUAUUCGUUGCACAAGGGCAAUUUUUUUCAGAACAUAGGCUCCAUCACACUAUUUUCUGUAUUUGGCACAGCAAUAUCAGCUUUCAUAGUAGGUGGAGGAAUUUAUUUCCUGGGCCAGGCUGAUGUAAUUUAUAAACUCAACAUGACAGACAGUUUUGCAUUUGGCUCUUUAAUAUCUGCAGUCGAUCCUGUGGCUACUAUUGCCAUUUUCAAUGCCCUCAAUGUGGAUCCCGUACUUAACAUGCUGGUUUUUGGAGAAAGCAUUCUCAAUGAUGCAGUCUCUAUUGUCUUGACCAACACUGCAGAAGGUUUGACAAGAGAAAAUAUGUCAGAUGUAAGUGGAUGGCAAACUUUUCUACAGGCGCUGGGAUACUUUCUUAAGAUGUUCUUUGGCUCUGCAGCACUUGGAACACUUACUGGCCUUAUUUCUGCAUUAGUGCUAAAGCACAUUGAUUUAAGAAAGACACCCUCUCUAGAGUUUGGGAUGAUGAUUAUCUUUGCUUACCUUCCUUAUGGACUUGCAGAAGGUAUCUCACUCUCAGGAAUCAUGGCAAUCCUGUUCUCUGGCAUUGUGAUGUCCCACUAUACACACCAUAACCUCUCCCCUGUUACACAGAUAUUAAUGCAGCAGACACUGAGAACCGUUGCUUUCAUGUGUGAAACGUGUGUUUUUGCAUUUCUUGGCCUGUCUAUUUUUAGUUUUCCUCACAAGUUUGAGAUGUCCUUCGUCAUCUGGUGCAUAGUACUUGUUCUGUUUGGUAGAGCAGUGAAUAUUUUCCCCCUUUCCUACCUACUCAACUUUUUUCGUGAUCAUAAAAUCACCCCUAAAAUGAUGUUUAUCAUGUGGUUUAGUGGUUUACGUGGUGCAAUUCCCUAUGCACUCAGCCUCCAUUUGGGCUUGGAACCAAUAGAGAAGCGUCAGCUCAUUGGAACAACUACAAUCAUCAUAGUGCUGUUCACGGUUUUGCUGUUGGGAGGAGGAACUAUGCCCCUUAUCAGACUGAUUGACAUUGAAGACUCCAAAGCACGCAAGAGGAACAAAAAGGACAUUAAUCUUAGCAAGACAGAGAAAAUGGGAAAUACCAUAGAAUCUGAGCAUUUAUCAGAGCUCACGGAGGAGGAAUAUGAAGCCCAGUACAUAAAACGCCAGGACCUCAAAGGAUUUAUGUGGCUGGAUGCUAAGUAUUUGAAUCCUUUCUUCACCAGAAGACUCACACAAGAAGACUUGCAUCAUGGGCGCAUACAGAUGAAAACUCUCACAAACAAAUGGUAUGAAGAGGUACGACAAGGACCUUCGGGCUCUGAAGAUGAUGAGCAAGAGCUGCUGUAGCAGACCAGGGAAGAAGCACAGGGAGUAUAUUAUUAGACUUUAGAAAGUGAAUUUAAGUAUCAAGACCGUAACUGCACAAAAGCUUCUGAUUUGGGGCAUAUCUUGUUCUGUAUGUUUAAACAUCAAAAAGCAGAUCUACUUUGCUUGGUAUUAUUAGUCAGUCACUGAUAGCCACUUAAGUGUCAGGCUCUGAACUGAAUGAAGAACUUUCCAGCUUUUACAUCACAGCAAAUUUAAUGCAGCCUGUGAAGAAUGUGGAAGCAUCUGCCAUGAAAUUGUUUAAUUGUUUAAUUUUAAUUGCUGUUUAAUGUGGGUCCUAGUACAAAGCCUGCUGUGAGUGUUUGAAGUACAGAGCCAUCAUAUGACUGCAAGAUAGGAUGAGUUGCAGCUUUUUUUUUUUUCUUUGAAAAGAUACACCGAUUCACAUGGAGAGGCUUGAUAGUUUAAACUAUGAAUUUGUUUUAGCACUGGUAAGGGAGUCUGUCUGGGAUAAAUCCUUGAUUUGGGAGAGUUACAGGAUCAAAGAAUGAUUUGGGUUGGAAGAGACCUUAGAGAUCAUCCAGUUCCAACCUCCUCUGCCUUGGGCGCAUAGAAUUGCACAUUUUGAAUCCAGAGAAGAUCAUUGCCUUGACAAAUAGCAGAUGCUGCACACAAAGAACAACUUCUUAAUACCUCCAUAUUUUUGUCAUAUGAAAUUGUCUUGGUAUCUAUUUAAUGGGAUGUUUUAUUUUUAUAUUCUGAGAUGUCGUCCUAAUCAGUACUGUGGGUUAGACAUGACUUGCAAGAGGUGUGGAUUGCAUGACAUUAAAACUGCAAUUUCAAAUGCAGUUCUGCAACACUUUUUUAAUUUUGCUAAAGGCAGUUGCAGUUAGUUUUCCCUGGUUCAAGUCUAAGAAAGCAACAGCUUUUCUUUUGCCUAAAUUCAGGAAGCAUUCCUAACACUCUGGAACUCACUAGCAGACUUGAAUUCUAGUGGAAUCAAAAGCAACUCUUCCCCUGUCGUUGGUUUGAUGAAUUAAGUGUGUACAUGGGGAAGAAGGAGUCUACAAAAAUCUAAUGUAGAUAUGAAAGAGUCAUUUUUGGUCUGGUUUUGUUAUUAGGCUUUUUAAAAAUCAACUGCUGGGAAAAUGAAAGUCUAUUUGGAGUCUUAAACCUGUGCUGGCUAAGCAGUUCUCCAAAAUAACGUGUUAUAUGACCUGCUUUUCCAUAUUAUUACUAUUAUUUUGAAGAACUGUGCUCAUCCUAGAGCUGGAAAACACACUGGCCAAAGUCUGAAUGAGAUGCAAAAUCAGCUUCUGGUAUUGACCAGAAAUGAAUUAAUGCUUGGUUUUCUCUUUAGAAGAGGAUCUGUAUUUUUCCUUCAUCCUUCUAGAUGAGAGUGGAUUUCAUUACAUUUCAGUUACCCAUCAGUCUUAAAAUAGAGAUAUCAAGGAAGGUGCACAAGUUACAGUGCUGUGAAGGGUGGGAAUGUGUGUUCAGGUUCUGUGUUAUGUUUGUUCAGUGCAAUGAGGACUGUUAAAAAAUCUGCUCAGUGAGAAUCUCUGUGCUGUCAGUGCCAGCGGACUGAAGCCGCCAACUUCUGAGACUUGUUUGUCUGCUGGAGGCAAGCAUGUGUUAUCUGUCUUGUCUUUUUUUGUCCUGUACCAGCUGGGAACUUAGACAUGGAAGCCAGAAUGGGGAGCUGGUAAAGUUGUGCUGUCAUCAGGCUGACACUGACCUGUGUGGAUUCUUAUUCCUGCCCAGAUCAGGAGGUUCUCUUCUCUGCAGGAGCUGUGCUUGAGUUUAAUGUUCCAGAUGCUAUUAUGCUAGGCAUGGUGCUGUAUCAUAAUCAUGCUGAAAUAGCAAAGGUGCUCUCAUUGCUAUGGUUAUUCUGAAACGAGGCACCUGCAAAAGGAGUGAGGUCUGUACCAGCACGUCAACCAUAUCGAUUUCCACUCGAGGUAAAGUGAUCGUUACUGCCCUCUGUUGGCAGUCAACGGUAACGGCGUGACAUCUCACGAUCGUAUGCUGAGAGUAGUUUAAUAAAUUAAAUGGAAGCAAUGAAUUGAUACAGCUAGAACGAAUGAAAUCACUCUGAAGCAACCGAAGAAAACCUUGGGUGUUUUCAUUAAAAGAAACUAUGCUGAAAUUUACGAAGCUUAGAUUUGUCAGAGCUUGGAAUGAAGGUAAGUUUGUCUUUUACAAAAUACGCACUAACUUCCAUACUUGUGAACCAGUAGAAGAAAAUUUUGCCAUUAUUUCAGUGACUGAUUUCUGUAUUUAUCAAUGCAUUUACUUAUGCCAGUAACUUCCAAGUUAGGAUUUCUUCAUUUUCUUGUGUAAGUAUGUUGCUUCAUCUUCCUUACUCAAUUGCCCUGCAGCUACCUUACUUAGAUCUUUUCCUAUGAUAUCAGAACAAUAGGAGACUCUAGUCCUCUUUCCACAAGGACCGGCAACCCCAUCCUAACUUGGCCUCUCCUGUGAGUUUGUUCAAGGAUAUACUUUGUUUUUCUUCUUUAUUCAGUGCAGAAUAACCAGAAAAUAUGUAGGAUGCAGAUGUUACUAAUUACAGAUACUGAAGUUUUGUCAGUCUGGUGGAACCUGCCACCACUCCCAAGCAGUGCCACGUCCCUAGGCAGCUAUGUGACCAUCCCAAGUGGCAGACUGGCACCCCUGCACUGACUCACAGCAAGCACCUCCAGCUUUCAUUUCAUUGUUAUUUUUAACUCAGCUACACCAAGAAACAUUCAUUGAUUUUAAUCUUUAAAGCAUAUGCAGACUGUUUCUACAGCCUAAUCUAAAAGAUGCCGUAAAAAGAGAAGAGAGCACUAGUAAUUAUCUGUAGCUCAGUAGCUUAUCUUUUGGAAAGAACUGAGCUCCAAGCUAUGCUUCCUACGUACCCUCAGCUUUUUCGAAGUUGUGCAGUGUGUGAGAUCAGCCGCUGCAACUGGGCUUCCUCCACUUGACCUGAGUUUAAAGGGCGCAGCAGUAAUAUCCCCACCUGUGCAAGAUGGUUUGCACCAAUUACUUCAUGGCAGAGCUGCAUGCGGAAUCAGGAGAUGGGGUGAAACCCAUGACACAUCACCACCAUUUUGAAGCUGCCAUUAUCCCUCUGGCAACCUGCUUUACAAAGAAUUUCUCAAAGUGAGGAAUUUUACUGCAGUUUUUCUUUGGGUUUUUAACCAAUAUGCAUUAUUUCAGCAGUUGAGCACUUGCCUCAGCAACUCCAAUGUCCAGCAGAACAUGGAGCACAGGAGUUACUGAGACAGAAGCUGUCCCUGGGAAGGACUGGGAGCUCCAUCGCUCAACAUCUGCAGCCCACCUACAGCUCAGCCCUCACUGCAUGGGCACCAAACCCUGUCAAAGCCCCUGGGACAGCUCCAGCUCUGCAGCAGCAGCAGGCUCCCACUAAGUCACAACACAGUCCAGGUAUGCCAAAUCCUUCCAACUGGGGGGCCUGUUUCCUGCCCAUCAUUCACCUCUGAACCCAAGGCAGGGUCAGCACCCCUGACCCACAAUAACAACUGGAUACUUCUGGAAGCAACAGUGAGUGCAAGAAGCCUGACCAACUUUGGCAGGCACUGGGCUGCCCACAGCUGGGGAAGAGCUGUAAGAUCUGGCCUUAGCACAGAGUAAGUAGAGCAUGCCAGAAAUCAGGUCUUCCCUCUCUGAUAACACAGAGAUGAGCAGGGAGGCACUGCAUUUCCCAUCUGCAAAUUAGCAUACAAAUAAGAGUAUCCAGUAAAUGUGAUUUUAAUUUAAACGUCAAUUCCAUCUUAUUGCUAAACUCAAAGAGGCUUCCAAGAAGCUGGACAGUGCAACAGCCUCCUUCCCCAGUGCAUUUAUUGGAUUUUGGUGAUGAGAGAGAUACAGCGCAGCUCUGAAGCAUUCCAUCCAUUCAUGAAACUGCAGCAGGUUUCUCAAUCUUUCUCUGCCUUCUGUCAUAUCUUGUCUGUGGCUUCAAAUCUUCUCCAUAUUAUGCCAUGAUUCAUGAAGAACGGGGGGAGUGCUCAGAAUUUGUUUGAAGUCUUCUGCCUCAUUUUAUCUUAAGAAGGAGCAGCAAUAGUGAAUCUGGGCUUCAGUGGAAGACAGCUGGCUGCAAGAACACAGGCAAGGAUCUGAAGCUCUAGCUGAAGGGAGCAGGUGGAACUGAAUGCUGCAGAAUUUGUUAAAUAUGGGAAGAAAUCUGAGUGCUCUGAGCAAUCCCUGCUUUUAGAAACUCUUCACAGUGAUCCUCUUCCCUCCCUCCUUGUUCUUUCCGUGCCAGUUUGUUAGUCUCUGAUGUUUCAGUCUCAACAACUAGACUUUAACUCCAGGCCAAUGACUAGUAAAGUUACUUGGCAAUCCAGUUUCUCUCUUUCUCAGGCCACUUUCUAAAAGGUUUGUGAAGAAAAUGUGUGCUUUACUUCUCUCCAACACAUGCAAGGACAGAGAGAGAACAGCCCCCUGACACAUAUAACUGCCAUGAAGAAUCUGCUUCAUAGUAUUUAAUUUCACAGCUAACAAAAAUCCAGUAUCCAUCUGCUUUCUGUGAUGCAUGUCCUGCAAGGCCCACUUCUCCCUUCCUUCUGUGCCAAAGCAUUUUAAUUGAUGCUGAGGCUAAAUCUAUUAGAAAACAACCAAGUAAUUGGAUCCACACUAUGGUUAGGGAAAGGAAGAAGGAAAUUUUGUCACAUGUUCAUUGAUUUCUAAGUUUUUCUUGGGAAUUUCUUAAGAAAGCAACUCUUUCUUCCCCCUUAGCCAGAAACACAUUAAAAAAGGGAGCGAGCUCCCACAGCUCAUUUUAUAUGUGCACAUUAAAAGCCUAUGCCUUUAGGAUAAAUGCACAUCAUGCUCAUAGUUAGCUCUGUUUGGGCACUGAGUUACAGCACUUGCCCAUACCCAUGCUUUCAGCACUGCCUACAGCUCUGACCACCUCUGUGUGCAUACCAGUAUAAUGUCCUCAGCUGCUGAGCAAAGCUGGGGCAGAGAGCACGCCCAGCAGGAGCAGAGGCUGGUGAACACCCACACACAGAGCACUAUGGGUGCUCAGCGCUUUUAAGUGCACUGAAAAUCAUCUCCUCCACUCUCCUAUGCUCUUUAGAUGGCUCAGAGUGCCCAUGGCAGAGGAACAAGUGAGUUACACCCACCAGUACCAGACCAAGUGACUCUGUCCAUGAGAAUAACAUCUCUUGUUAACCUAAUUGGAAACAAUCUUUAUUUAGGGCUGAGCAACUAAUUCCUGUAAUUCUUGUAAUCCACAGCUCUUCUCCAGGCCAUAAUUCUGUCUUCCUCCAGAGCCUAUGUGAGAAAGCAGCUGGGCAGGUACAGUGCCUGGCUGAGAUGCUCCAGCAGAACACACUCUUGGAAUGACAUGCUGCAGGGAGAAAGGGGAGACCGACAUCACAGAACUGUGCUGGUGACAAAACAGGGCUUGGCCUCAUGCAGUCUAGAAGGAAUUGUUCUUGCUCCUUAGUGUGCAUGCACCCUGCAGCAAGAGAAGGAGAGAAACUGCAGUGCCUGCAGGACUUUAUCUCCUUCAAACAAUGGCAGGUCUCCAUCUCAUAGCACAGCAGGGAGCUGCAGAGGUCCUGUGAGAUCAACCUGGAAAACAGUAGCAAAUAUCCAGGGGAGAUGAACUUCUGUUUCUGAUAAAUUGCUUGGAACAGGCUGUAUUUAUACAGUUGUGCCUGAGCUAUUUAUAAAGCACACCUCUCAUACAAAAAAUGGUUAAAAAAACAUCUCUUGCACUGAUGGAUAUGCUGAUGUCAUUGACACACAGAUCAUGUGCGAAUAGGGUUCAGUGGGACUACGGAGAGCUAUCAUUUUUGUACCUGAAAAUAAUUAAUAAUCUAGAUCCUAUAAACUCAGCUAUGCACAGCACACAGGCAAAUUAAACUAGGAUCAGCACAAAAACUACUGCAAAACCUUCAGGCUUUCCCAUUUCCUUAGGGGCUCAUAAUGCCAUUCCUCUCCAGAUGAGCUGAAAGUGGAAAACUGUCUGAGCCUAUUUAUGGGGGGGGUGCAGGGACCUGGCCCCAGGUUUACCCACAGGGCAACUCUUGAAGCAGAGUGGGAUUUUCCUUGCUCCCUGACAAUGCUACAAACUGCUCUGGUUUAAAGCGCUCCCCAGCGACCUGCACUAAGACAUUGCACUGUCUGGGAAUUGCCCUCCGGUGGGUAUGUGACAGGGAAGCUUACACAAGCCUGUCCCUGUGCUGUCAGGUUCAGCAGUCACCAACCACAGAAUGAUCCGUGUGGGUACCAAACGCAUCCAUGCACAUUUCUGCUGGGGUUUCGUUCCAGCUCAAAAAGGCUCAAGAAUUAUGAGAAUGCUCUAUCUUUACUCAAUUUCUGCCUCCUGUGGAAGGGUUUUCAGACAAGAACAUCUCCUUGGGGCUGCCUGGCCACAUGAUGUAGCCCCUUAGGACCAGUCUGCUCAGCCACACAGUUGCUGGGCAUACAAAGCUGCUGUUGGAUUUAAGACUUCAAAAUGAGAUUAAAUUUAAUUAAUAAAUUAUUCUCUUAAUGA